UCGCGUCAAUUGUGAUCCAAACUUUGUAUCGUCAAGGAAGAUUUUUACUUUUGUGUGGAGACAUGCGGUGCAAUUUUUAUAUAUUAAUAAGCAUGACAUACGUGAUCUUAAGUUCACACGUCAUGGCUCAACGCGGUUCCAUCUUCGAAGCUGUGUCUGGAUUCAUUAGAGAUAGCCAGAGAGUCUUGAAUGGGGAAUUGCCCGAUUCUGAGGAAAUACUACCAGACUAUGACUUCAUAAUCAUCGGAGCUGGCACAGCUGGAUGCGUACUGGCUAACAGACUCACAGAGGUGGAAGAUUUUAAGGUGCUUCUUAUAGAAGCAGGCGGUAGUGAACAGAUGUUCAUGGACAUCCCAGUUCUCACCACCAUGCUGCAAUUCACGGAUGCCAAUUGGAACUACCGUACAGAGCCACAAGAGUCCGGUUGCAUUGGUAUGCGAGCUGGACGCUGCGCAUGGCCUCGAGGAAGAGUUGUUGGUGGUUCCUCUGUCCUGCAUUCGAUGAUGCACACAAGAGGAAACUGGCGCGAUUACGAUCGGUGGGCCGGUAAUGGUAAUCCAGGUUGGGACUACAAAUCAGUGCUGCGAUACUUCAAAAAAUCAGAAAAUAUGCAAAUACCAAAACUGGCCAAGAACAAAAAAUUCCACUCUACUAGUGGCGAAAUGACACUACAGUAUCCAAGUUGGCGUACUCCACUUUCAAAAGCAUUCUUACAAGCUGGAAUUGAGACAGGGGGGAAGGUCAUCGACUACAACGCAGAAAACCAAAUAGGAUACUCAAUUAUACAGUUCACGAUGAAUAAUGGUACGAGAAUGAGCGCUAACCGAGCCUUCUUAUAUCCCAUAAGAGACCGUAAAAACCUUCAUAUUGCUAAGAACGCAUUAGUUACCCGCAUUUUAAUAGAUCCUUGGACAAAAAGGGCAUACGGUGUUAAAUUUAAUAAAGAUGGUAAAAAGUAUGUCAUUUCGGCACGGCGUGAAGUAAUAUUAUCAGCAGGUGCAAUUAAUUCACCUCAAAUAUUAAUGAUUAGUGGUAUUGGGCCAAAAGAACAUUUAACAGAAAACAAUAUAACAACCAUUGUUGAUCUUCCUGUUGGCUACAACUUACAAGAUCAUUGGGCUCUUGGUGGACUCACAUUUACAAUUAAUAGUACUGACUCCAUUAGAUCUGAAAGAGUUGCUACACUAGAAAAUAUAAUUGAAUACUUCAGUUAUCAUACCGGACCGUUAUCGGCUCCAAGUGGUACAGAAGCAAUAGCCUUCUUCGAUACAAAAAACCCACAUAGUGACGAUGGCUACCCUGAUUUAGAAUUGCUUUUUGUCGCAGGAUCUUUAGUUUCACAGCCUACUUAUAAAGAAGCGUUUUCUAUUGACAAUAAUGUAUAUGACAAAGUUUAUGGGCCAAUAAAAAAUAAAGAUACGUGGAUGGUUUUUCCAAUGCUCUUAUUACCGGAAUCUAAAGGCCGCAUUAAAUUAAAAAAUAAAAACCCUCACCACAAACCACUGAUAUACGCAAAUUAUUUUUCUGACGAAGGGCACGAUCAGAAGGUGAUAUUAAAAGGAAUUAGAAAAGCAAUUGAAUUGUCAAAGACGAAAGCUUUUCAAAAAUACAAUAGUAAAUUACAUGAUAUUCCAUUACCGAAUUGUGCGCGUCAUGGGUUUAAUUCAGAUAAAUAUUGGUACUGUGCUAUGAAAACCAUUACGAAUACUAUUUAUCAUCAUUGUUGUACAAAUAAAAUGGGACCAAACAAAGAUCCAGAAGCAGUGGUAGAUCCUCGACUAAGAGUAUAUGGCAUUCAAGGACUCCGAGUAGUCGAUGCCAGUAUCAUGCCUCAUGUUCCUGCAGCUCAUACGAAUGCACCAACAAUGAUGAUUAGUGAAAAAGCUGCUGAUAUGAUUAAAGAAGACUGGGGGAUUCCAAUAUAUUAAUAAUAUUAUAUUUGACAAUAUUUGAUAUUCCCAGUAUGACUAAGAGAAAAUUAUUUUAAAUUAUAACAUAACAUUGAAAUUGUAUAUAACUUUAUUCUCAUUUAUAUAUAUGUUUAAGGGGUAUGGUACACUGUCAAGUACAUAAGAUCGUUAAAUCGGAUCAUAUAUAUUAUAUAAUUAUGGAAUAGAAAAAUGAUCUCAAUAGAAUAUUAUAGAACUACAGAAAGAGAGAUGUUUUAUUUAUUUUUACUAAUAUUAAAAGUUCUUCAAUAAUUUCAUAUAUUGAUAUAAUAUUGUUCUAUAUAAUGAUUCUAUGUAU